AUGGUAGAGCAGAAGCACAAUUGUCUACCGAACGAAGAUCGGGGACAGACGGAGACACCGAUUAGCACGCUACAGCCAAAACGAGUAGACACGCUGAGUACGCAAUCGCACUUCGGGUUGAUGACCAUUCGCCGCCGUAUGCAAAAUAUCCGUGUAGCGAAGCCAGGUUGUAACAUAGCAGUAGAGCUUGAUGGCGAUGCAUCGUUCAUCGGUGAGGAGGAAGAUAACGCUGAUCCUAGUGUUUCCGAUAGCUCUAGCGAUGAUGAAUCUGAGAGUGACGAAGGAGUCAUUGAUUUCAAAUCAAUGAAUAUUACAGAUUUCUUGAGGUAUUUCGCUAUAGCAACCAAUCAAAAGCACUCGGCCAUGAACAUGUUGCUCUCAAUUUUGAUUACAAAAACCAAUUUCGUGCUUCUAAAAGAUGCUAGAGCGCUUUUAAACACCAAUAGAGAUCGUCCGGAACUAAGUACUCUCGGAAACGGUACUUUCUGGACCCGUGGUAUUAAAAGGAGCCUCAUGGACAAUUUACGGUUUACUACUGUGACAGAAACAAUAUCAUUGAAUAUUUAUAUUGAAGGCCUUCCGUUGCACAAAAGUAGUAACAUGCAAUUUUGGCCCAUCAUGAUAAAUAUUCAAGAAAUGCCUCUGAUCGCACCUAUUACAACAGCGUUGUAUUGUGAGCGCACAAAACCAACAAAUACUCAACAAAUCAUGGAUUUAUUGGUAAAAGAGCUGAACAAAUUAAUGGACGAAGGGCUUGAACUAAAUAAUUGCCGAGUGCAAGUAAAAAUACGCGCAAUAAUAGCAGAUUCUCCAGCAAGAGCAUUUUUGAAAGGCAACGCAACUAUAAAUCUUCCAUCUGAUCCGCGAUUGGUUGUGCUUUCGAAAAUCGCUUCACAUUCUGAUUCUUCAGAGGAUAACAUAUUCGAAGUCUGA